AUGUUUAAUGGUAAGAAGAUAGUGACAAUUCCUCGAUUAUCACCAUCACCCAUUGAUAAGGGGGAUGAAGGGCAGAGAAUGGAAGGACAAAAAUCUGAAAUACACAAACAUGAAGUACACAAAAACGAAAUCCACAAACAUGAAGUGUACAAACAUGAAGUGCACAAACAUGAAGUGCACAAAAAUGAAGUACACAAACCCAAUAUCCACAAAACCAAUUCCAAUGAUUUUGAUUUCUAUAAACCAAAUCCUUUCCAACUUUCACCUGUUAAAACUCCCAAAGGUAGAGCUGGUCUCCCGUCACCCAAGAAAAGGUCAAUUGAUAAUCUAAACGGUUCGGCCGUUAGACGUGCCAUCAAUACCAGGAUCUCCACUACUUUGGACGACGAAGAUACUUUUGAAGAUGAUGAAUUGAACCAUCAAGAUUUGGAGAUUGCUGAAGCUAUUAUCAGAGAAUCCAGAGAAACUCCAGGUACUUCCAUCAACCACUAUGGUUCAUUAAUACCGUUGGAAGAUGAUGAAAGUGAUGAAAGUCCUAGAAAACGUAGAACCACAAAAAGGAUUAAAUACCAAAUCUCUGAUGAUGAGCCCAUGUCGGACGACGAAGUGGUGAUAAAUGAAAGUUCAGAGGAAGAAAAAGAUGAAGUUAUUUCUGACGUGGAAUCGGAUGAUUUGUCCGACCCUCCUGUUGAAAUACCAAAACAAAGAGGUAGAAGACCUAAAGUGCAAGAGUUUUCAUCUCCGGUGAAAUCACCUAGGAAACAAGUUACGUCGAUUUUCCGUCGUGAUGAUCAAACGCUUUUUGUGGAAAAUUUAAGUCCACAAAGAAAAUUACAUAGCGAAAGUUUACAAAACGAAAGUUUACAAACCCACAAUCCACAAACCCAAAAACCACAAACCCAAAAACCACAAAACCAAAAACCACAAAACCAAAAACCACAAAACCAAAAAGAUACUAUUAUCAAUACUUUACUUAACCUUGGUCUUCUAGAUACUACCAAGAGUUCUAUAGUCACAGGAAUAGAGAAAAUUGACGAAAACUCCACCACUAAGGAGAAAUUAGAACUUUUACCGGUACCUCGACUGGCUGAUGGUACGGUCCCUCAGGAAUAUAUCGACAAGUAUUUGGGUGAUAUUAAAUGGGAAGCUCGUCCUGUUAACGAAGCUGCCGACGACAGAGCUUAUUUCAUCGAAGGAACUGAAGGAUACUUUGAUCAAAUGAGUAAUCGUGAUAGACAUUCCGUGAUGUCAUUAUCCAGUCUAGGAAUCUCCCUAACUCACGAAGAGUUCAGUACCAACAUCAGUAUGUUAGAACGAUUCAAAAAGGAUGAAAUAAAUCAACUUGUAAACUUCCACAAACAGAAUUUCAACCAAUGGAGUUUCGAAUUAUCUCAAAAUUUCAAUCUUUGUUUCUUCGGAGUUGGGUCCAAGAUCGACCUAUUGAACCAGUAUGCUAGCGAGCACCUCAUUAAUUGGGUCCAAUCGUUCUAUAAGUUGGGAGACGACCAACUUCCGAAGAUUUUGGUGGUAAAUGGGUAUAAUCCCGGUAUUAAACUUAAGGAGAUGUUUGAUGGGUUGGUUAAGGAGUUAUUGGCACCAGAACAUCGGGGUCAUAGCGGGUUGACCAAACCUUUAUCGGAAUCGUUGCCAUUACUUGUGAGGUUGGUUAAUAAGUAUCGUGGUGCGAACGUUAGAGACGGUGACAGCGAUAGUGAAGGUGACGGUGCUAGAGACGGUGACACAGAAAACGGCGGUAAGAAAGCCCCCGUCACUGCCACUCCCAAACUCAUCCUCCUUGUUCAUUGCCUCGAUGGUGAACCUCUCAGAGAUGAAAAAAAUCAAGUCCACCUCCUGCAACUCGCCAGUCUCCCUGAAGUUCUCUUCAUCAGUUCCGUGGACAACAUCAACUUCCCCUUACUAUGGGAUUCGUACAAAACCGAAAAUUUCAGGUUUUUGUACCACAACUUAACCACAUAUAAACCUUUGAUUGUAGAGACCAGCUUCAAAGAUGCUUUGGCUUACGGGAAGACUCGUCGUACGCAAUCAUCUCGUGGUGCUAAGUUCGUGUUAAGUGCCUUGAAUGAGAAUUCCAAGAAGAUGUACAAAAUCCUUUUAACAUUACAGUUAGCUAAGCUUAAGGAACUUAAUCCCAAGAACACCGUCAAGACAUCUCGUGGUAAUCUUCGUACCAGUGUGGACUUUAAAGGGUACCAUGAGAAAUGUACCCAAGAGUUCAUUACCAGUAAUGAGAUCAAUUUCAGGUCGAUGUUUAAUGAGUUUACUGAACAUAAUAUGAGUGUGUUGACUAAGGAUGAAGGUGGUACAGAAAAGGUUUAUAUUCCUUACACGGGAGAAGAAAUGGAGAGACUUUUAAAAGAUAGUUUUAGGUAA